GAUUGAGGAAGGAAAUCCAGCUCCCUUCAUCAGCUAGAAUCCAGUUCUCCUUCUGUCGCUCUCCCUAAUCUUUUGUGAUAUCCAAUUCGUAAAACCUCAAACAUUCCCUGUCCAGAGCUUUCAAUCUUAUCAUUUCGGCGCUUAAUGAUCUCGUGAGCCUUUGCUUCCUUGGUUUUCCAUGGCUAUGGCAUUUUCUGCUCCAGGUCUCAAUCGGAGGAUGCAUUUCACUCGUUCUCCGCUGCUUUUUUGCAUUCGCAAGGUACGGCUUGGAAGCUCUGUAGCCACUGGUUCUACUUCUGAACCAGCAAUUCUCUGUAAGGAGAAAGAUAAGGAUUGUAUUUCAUUUGCUUUCCGUAGAAAAGAAAUAGAGCGGACUGAUAGCUCAAUACCUCAAUGGAAGACAUUGACUUCUGAGGAACUUGGGAUUGAAACAUCGAUGAUUUCAAAGCCUACGUGGCAGGUUCUAAGUGGGCUAAGGAAACAAGGAUAUGAGGUCUACCUUGUUGGUGGGUGUGUCCGGGAUCUUAUCCUAAGGAGAAUUCCUAAAGACUUUGAUAUCAUAACUUCAGCUCAACUUAGAGAGGUACGGAAAAUUUUUACUCGUUGUCUAGUUGUUGGAAAGCGGUUUCCAAUUUGCCAUGUGUAUGUCCUUGACACUAUUAUAGAGGUUUCAAGCUUUAGCACCUCUGGAAGCAGACUUGGUUUUAAUAAUUACAUUACCAAACCUUCCAACUUAAAUGAGCCCGAUUAUAUUCGCUGGAUGAAUUGCUCACAGCGGGACUUUACCAUUAACAGUUUGAUGUAUGAUCCAUACAAAAAGAUUGUAUAUGAUUAUUUGGGGGCAAUGGAGGAUAUUAGAAAAUCCAAGGUGCGAACUAUUAAACCUGCAAACCUUUCUUUUACUGAGGACUGUGCCCGGAUUUUACGUGCGGUGAGAAUUGCAGCCCGUUUAGGAUUUCGUUUUACCAGAGACAUAGCACUUUCUAUAAAAGAGUUAUCUUGCUCCGUGUUAAAGCUUGACAAGGGACGGAUACUUAUGGAAAUGAAUUAUAUGCUAGCAUUUGGGUCUGCAGAGGCUUCUUUGAGAUUAUUAUGGAGAUUUGGGCUUCUGGAGAUACUUCUUCCGAUCCAAGCAUCAUAUUUUGUUUCACAAGGUUUCAGGAGACGUGAUGCGAGCUCAAACAUGCUUCUGAUUUUGCUUUCCAACCUUGAUAAAUUUGUGGCGCCUAAUCGACCAUGCCAUAGCAGCUUAUGGAUUGCUAUCUUAGCAUUUCACACAGCUUUGGUUGACGAGCCUCAAGAUCCAUUGGUUGUUGCAGCAUUUAGCCUUGCUCUCCAUAAUGGAGGAUCCUUGUAUGAAGCAAUAGAAAUAGCCCGAAAUAUCUCACAGCCACACGUGUCGUUCCACGAAAUAGUAGAAACUAAUCACAGAGAAUCAGAUUAUGUACUGAUGGCACGGGUCGUCAAUCUUGCAGCUUCAGUGAAAGCCAUGUUAUGGAAGAUGACUGAUCACCAUUAUGUUUCGCAAGCUAUGAUCGAGUAUCCUCAAGCACCUUGGUCUGAUCUGGUUUUUAUCCCACAGGCUUUGUCAAUGAGGGUGUGUAAAAUUUUUGAAUGUGUUAAAAGGGGCAAGGAAAGUGGAGCAGUUCCCAAAAGAAGUAGAACGAUCAACCACAAUUCCUUGGCAUUGGGUAACUUGUCAGAGGUUCGACAUGUAUUUGCUAGGAUCGUUUUCGACACAGUUUACCCUCAUAACCGAAACAGACAGUUCAAUAUCGUCGAACCAACAGAGAGAUGAACAAACUACUCCCAUUCAAAACGUUCUUUGUGCAAGAUGGCAACAAGAAGGAAGAGAUGACCGGUGUAAGGUUGUCGGGAAGCACAUAAUUUGUCGAUACUGAGCCGAAUGGUGUUGCGUUUCAAUCUUCCAUUGGUUGAGUGGUGCUGAAGGUCAUAUCAGGGGCAUAGAAUUCAGCAGUAGGUGUAAAGGCUGAAGCAGACUGACAUUAACAUCUGAUCUGUAGAGAAAUAGUGUUGAAAUUUGGGAAGGUCACAAAGAGGAAGUAAAUUGAAUUGGAGUUUGUUUGAUCUGAACCAUUUACUUCCAACUCACAGUUUCUGUAAAUUCAUUAUAAAAAUACAUUGCAGAGACUGUGUAGCAUAAAAUUGGAGCUUUAGUUUGAUCUCACAAGUGCCAUACAAUUUUGAAUUUCCUCAUUAAAGCAUCCUAUUUUGGUCAACCAACAAUGUUUUGAGAGGAUUCACUAGUUUGAUCUU